CUCUCUCGUUGCAGUGAUGAGUCUAUUAAGCAAAGAUCUCUGUUCUUCAUUGUCCUCCACAAGAGCUCCGUUGUCGGGCAUUGAUGGUCAGGACGCCGCUUGGGGUCCGCAGAUGGGGGCCUUUAGUGAUUUGUGAGGAGGAAGUCAGAGGUCAUGAUUGACUGGCACAAUGGGACGGUGCCCGGUCCCAUGGAGGACGAACACAGCAUUGAGGAGCGAUCAAAGUGUGUGCUGUCUUACAUUCCUGUCAUCUACUACAGUGCUCUCUUGUGUGUUGGAGUCCCAGUGAACAUCCUGACAUUAGUGGCUCUCACCCGACUGGCUGUUCGGACCCAGAAAUCGCUCUAUGUGUAUCUUUUGGCUCUAACUGGCUCGGACAUCCUCAGCCAGCUCUUCAUCAUCUUCGUGGGCUUCCUCCUGGAAACGGCCGUCUUCCACCGAGACGUCCCUGUGCUGCUGCUCCGGUCCGUCAACAUGCUGGAGUUUGCCGCUAACCAUGCCUCCAUCUGGGCCACCGUACCUCUCACGGUAGACCGCUACGUUGCUCUGUGCCACCCGCUGCUUCACCGGCAGAUCAGCUACCCGGCACGGGCCCGACGGAUCAUUGCAGUGGUGCUCACGUUAGCUUUGGCGUCCGGUGUGCCGUUCUUCUGGUGGUCGGACAUGUGGAGGGUCGGCCAUCCACCUAACUCAUUGGACACCGCCCUGAUUUGGAGCCAUGUGACUAUUAUUUACUUUCUUCCAUGCAGCAUCUUCCUGAUGCUAAACUCAUUGAUCAUCCUAAGGCUUCGGAAUAGACAGAGGAAGCACAUGUGCCAAGAGGACGUCGGGCAGCAGCUGGCAUUGCCAUGCAAGCUGGGUAAAACCACAGCUAUGCUGUUAGCCGUGACUUCUGUGUUCGCCGUGCUAUGGGCACCUCGUACCGGAGUGGUGCUCUAUCAUCUCUACGUGUCAUCGGUGUACAGAGACUGGCGCGUGCAUCUCGCCUACGACCUAGCCAACAUGAUAGCCAUGCUAAACACUGCUGUGAAUUUCUUUCUGUACUGUUUUGUCAGCAAGCCAUUCAGAGCAGCGGUGAGGGACGUUGUGAUGUUUCGAGGGGCCCCGUUGCACCCUCCCCGGCCCCUGCAUCACCAGCGCAGCCCCGCCAACGCCUCCACCUCAUCGAUUUCAAGUGGCAUCAAACGUUCACAGAGGGAGGUCGCCCCUCUCUCUCCCAAAAGUGCAGACAUCACAACGUAGUUCUUCUUGUCACCAACAAAACUAUGGUUUGGUUUCCAAAAAUAGUUUGAAUAGUGUUUAAAUCAAUUUUUUUUCAUCAUAAAAAAGUUUUUGCCAUGACAGUGAGACAACUAUACAUCUACA